AGGAGGCAAUAGGGGGAUGGGCGGGGACCAGUCUUCCCAGAUGCAGGAGAGAGCGUCCAUAGUUGCAAGUCUAAGCAACUGGUGGCAACAGGUUAGCAUUUAAGAUGGCGGGGACGGCACGCCACGACCGAGAGAUGGCGAUCCAGGCCAAGAAAAAGCUCACCACGGCCACCGACCCCAUUGAAAGACUCCGACUGCAGUGCCUGGCCAGGGGCUCCGCAGGCAUCAAAGGACUUGGCAGAGUGUUUCGAAUUAUGGAUGACAAUAACAACCGAACCCUUGAUUUUAAAGAAUUUGUGAAAGGGUUGAACGAUUAUGCUGUGGUCAUGGAAAAGGAAGAGGCAGAAGAGCUUUUCCGGAGGUUUGAUAAGGAUGGAAAUGGAACAAUAGACUUCAACGAAUUUCUUCUCACGUUAAGACCUCCAAUGUCUAGAGCCAGAAAAGAGGUAAUUAUGCAAGCUUUUAGGAAGUUAGACAAAACUGGAGAUGGCAUCAUAACAAUUGAAGACCUUCGUGAGGUGUACAAUGCAAAACACCAUCCAAAGUACCAAAAUGGAGAAUGGACGGAGGAACAAGUAUUCAGGAAAUUUCUGGAUAAUUUUGAUUCUCCCUAUGACAAAGAUGGAUUGGAAGGAUUAGAGCGACAGUGGGUGGGAAGAAGAGAUGGUGGUGACAGGAAAAGAAAUAAGCCUUCUCUUUCCAAAGGGAAUUCCUGCCAGCCUUUUCCAUGAGACUUCACGGUGAGUCCUGUUAGCAAUGGUGAAGAGGAUAGGAAGGGGACGUUUCUUUCCUUUCUGCUGACAUCUUCCUGCCAGGGACAGAGAUAUACCCUCCAUUUUAGACUGAAGGGAUUGCAGAGGUGGAUAAAAAAAGGUCUAGAUUCUGUAGGGCAGCCAAAUGCUUAGGGACAGAAAUAACGAAACCGUAUGUUUUCUUCCAAUAUUGCUGGCCUUUGAUCUCUGAGAUGGCAGUGGAAAAAUAGUCAACUGCCGUUUCCCCAAAUUAGCCCAACUCUUCAUGGGAUCCCAGGGUGUGUUUGCCUCCUUUCUGCAGGUGGUUCCUCCUCGUCACCAGGGGAAACCUCAGCUGCCCUUUUCUCUAACCCGAGUCAAGGGAGCCAGUAGCUGUGAUUCAGCUGGUUUAAAGUUCCCACCCCGUCCUCUUUCGCAUUCAUCUUCACAAGCCACAUUAACUUCUCAAAUACUCACAAAUGUUAGGGUUUUUAGCAGUUGCAACAUCUGAUGUCACCUUAAUACCAUGGACCAUGUAUUAAUACCCAACUCUGACUGUGCAUGAGCACCAUCUAAGGUAUAGGCUAAUAAUGCAGAUGGCUGGCUGCACCACAGAACUACAGAAUCCAUUUUUUUUUUUUGGUGGAACUCAAGGAUUUACAGUUUUAAUAAGUGCCCCAGAUGACUCUAAAUCACAUUCAUAUUUGAGAUUCUUGACUCUGAUCGAUUAAGAAGUGCCCAUUUUUGAUUACUAAACAUAAUAUGUACAUGAACUUCCGUUAGCAUCGUUAUGGAUCUGGGCAACAUUAGUUGAGCACUUACUGUGUACUCGGCAUUGUGCUAAGACCUUCAUAAGGAUAUCUCAUUUAAUAGACGCAAUGAAAAUGUUUCCAAAAAGUGAUAUGUGAUUCAAACUUUUGUAUGCUAAAUCAUAUUUUAAAUGCACAAGAAACGGUUGAUGUAAGGAAACUCCAUGGUAAAUUCAAUUAUAAAGAGAAUCUUAACCCCUAACUUAUCUUAUCCAAAUUGAGCCGUUUUGCACAAUUAGAUUUCUUAUGGUGAAGCAUAGCUACACUUGAAGCCAAUGUGCUCAUUUAUGGCUAAAAAAUAUAGUUGAUAUCCAAGUAAGAAGAAUUUAGAAUGCUGUCAGAAAGUUAGAAUGCUCCCUAGCCAAGGACUAUGCUCAAAUCUGGGAUCUUCAAGAAUCCAGGCUAAGCUCUCAAGUAGUCAUACAGGUUACUGGGGUUUGCAGCUGUCAUGGAAUUUAUCAUAGGUCUUGUCCCCACAAUCUGCUCUCCCGUCAGCCUAUGUGCCAGAAGCCCGUUGGAUGGAGGUAGGAAAGCAACCAAGUCAUGUGUGAAGCAGAGUUUCCUCACUUGAUCCUAUCCCUAAACCCUACCCUAAUGGGGUGAGACUUUCACUUCCUAUGUUUUUAAUAUCUAGGUUUUGAGGUUUUCGUGUGUAUAUAUUAUUUUAUAGUUACAAAUAUUUUUUAAAAAUCUCUUAGAACUAGGUUAACCUUUGAGAGGAUAUGAGUCAUGUUGCCUCAUCUAUCCCAUAUAGAAAUUUUUAAAUAAUUCAAAAUAUUUUAAGUAUAUUACUAAGUGUAUAUAGAUAACCUAAAUUUAUUUUUUGAUUUUCUAGUCAGUCUGGAGCUGAGAAAAAGGGACUGUACUCUGUCUCGUGACUCAGACAUUUCCAUCGACCCUAGCCAGGACCUUCUCCAGGAUGUAAUAUAUACUCUGUCAACUAAGGGUAGUCUAGCCAAGAGCCCUGCCCAAAGAAGAGGUGUCCAGUCUCUCAUUUUUUCUAAUGUCAAACAAAAUAAUUAAGUAGCAAUAAUUAGUACUGAUAGUAAUUUACUAUGAUGAGGGCAAACUUAUGGGGGAAGUCAUAGAAUUUGUACUUCAGGCCAUUCCCAGUAUACGUUGAGUCUCAGGAAAUAAACAGACACUGCACGAAGAAUAACUGAUGGCUUUUUCUGAAAUGGACAAAGGUAGCAGCUCUGACAUCUGGUUGUAUGUAGUCUGACUUCCAGAUGGGGUUUAACGCUGGAUAACUGGGAAUGCAGAGGAGGACAGAAAUAAAGACAUUCAAGAAGGGAGGACAUUAAUGGUGAUCUAAUUUUAGUAGAAGCUGUGCUCAUAGAUGAUUUCUUUCUACUUCCAGAUCACUGAUGAGCACAGCUCAACUAUUAGCUCAGUCCAAUGUCUUUCUUCCUACUGAUUUUUACUAUUUUGUUGGGGGGGGGGGGUUAGGUGUAGGAGAGAACUGUGGACCCUGUGACUUUUUUCUCUUUUCGCUUAUAGUUUCAGCAAAAAGGUAAGUGGGCCAAUCAGCUCCUAUGAUUCUUAAAAAAGAUACGUAGGCACUCAGUGGGAGAGGACUUUGCUGUUAUAGACUAGGAAGGGGUUUUGAAUUAUUUACAGAUUUCACUUUUUGUGGUGUUUUUAAUCCCUCAUGACACUGAAAAUUGAGGGCUAACUAGAAAAGAAAAAAUUUCCAAAACAACCAUCAUUAUUGUGUCCCGUAUAAAUAGAGUUAUCCUUUGGGAUCCAUUGACUGGCCAUAGACAUCAAACGAGAGAACAAUUCUUUCCAUGAAUCCACUAAUCACAUCAGCCAAUAUGCUUGAAUUGGAGUGUACAUAUCACCUACACCUGUUAAAAAAUAAGACUGAGAACUGUUUUUUCUUCUUUCAAAAAGGAAAGUAAUAUAAAAUCCUACCCUAGCUAAACAUGUGAGUUGUUCUUCCAAAAAGACAGUUACAGGCACAGAAGGGAGAGAGAUUCCAGGGUGAGGGAGAGGCAUGGAGCAGAGGGCAUCUUUUUUCACUCACUCUGAGCCUUGAAUGAGUAAUUUGUAUCUUAAAAAGCGUGAAGCGGAGGAGUAUUUAACUAGAAAUCUGUUUCCUUACCCACAAGACAGAAGUCCAUUUUUUCAAAGGUAAAACAUUACUUUUCCUGACAUGAGGACGAGAUGUUUCUGACAUUUCACAGAAAAACAGUAUUAAUUACAGUUAAAGAACACUCGUUUCUUUUUCUAAGUUUCAGUCUCACUUAUCUGAACAGAUGGGCUCCUGCUCUUAAAGAAAGCCGAGAACCUGUAUCUCACUUUCCAUUUAGGUUGGUUUGGAAAUUUUCAAGGCUUUCUUCCUCUCUUCCCCAUGCGACCCCUCACAGCCAUCCUUAACUUCACUUUUUCUCUUGUUUUAGAUCUGUUGCUCAGCCUUCUUGAUUGAAAUUUCCCCUCCCU